AUGGUAAAAAGUCCAUUCAAUAAGACCUUUCCAGUAACUGUUUUUUAUUUACCAAAAUUAGAUUUAAUAUUUGUUGGAUAUGAUAAUGGAUGCAUUGUAAUAUUUGAUGGAAAAUCAAGAGAGAAAAAGUCAAUUAUUAGAGGUUGUCAUCAUAUUAAAAAGAUUCAAGUAAUUUACAAUAACAAAUUGGAUAAACAUUUACUUGUUGCUGCUUGUAAUCAAGGUGAAAAGAGUCAUUUACUUUUUUGGAAGAUUACAAAGAAUUCAAAUCAUAAUGUUGAUUAUUCUUCAACUGAUUUGAAACAAUUUGAGUUUAAUUCACAAAUUUCAGAUUUAUAUACUACUGAUAUCUUUAUUGAAUCAAUUAAUAAGGAAAAUAGAGUUUUAAUUUGUCCAUUAAUGGAUGAUUCAUUUAAAUUACUUUACAAUUUAUUUGAACAUGAAAUUGUUGAAUUACAUUUCAAUAAGGAUCAUUUAAAUAUGAAUGGUGGUAUUAGUAGUAUGUCAUUCGAUCAAGAUAAGGAAGGAAUCAAUGAUUUAGCAUUAAGUGGAAUGUUAAAUGGUAAAUUCCAAGUUUACAAUUUAUCAAAUGGUACUUUACAAAAAACAAUUAAGGCUGAAAAACAUAAUAGUAUUGAAUGUAUUGCAUUUGAUGGUGCAUUAAUGAAUGUUUGUAUUGGUGGAAGUGAAGGAAAUGUUUCAAUUUACAAUAUUGAAAAUCAAGAACCAAUUCUUGUGAAAUGCAUUGAAAAUUGUCAUGAUGGAUUUAUUACAGCAAUUGCACAAUGUGAAAAUUUCUUUACAACAGGUUCACAAGAUGGUACCAUUAAAGUUCUAGAUAAGGUAAGUUAA